UGGCAUUCUAUGCAGCUCUGUCGGCUGGGUAAUCACCGAAACAAAAAAAAAUCUCGGUUCAACAGCUAACACCCCGCCCAGCCUUGUUUUUCCUCGCUUUAACAAAAUGAGUAAUGAUUCACAACACCACGAUGCCGACACGGCCGAGUUCUUUAAAGAAUUCGAAACAGAGACUAAACGUGAAUAUGCAAAUUGCAGCGUAACGCAAGCAUUUGACUCCGUGUUUCAAUGUUAUACACUGGGUGCUCAGGCAAUCCACUAUUAUCGCUAUGGUGAAAAGAAAGAUUGUUCUGCUCGUUGGGAAGAUUUCAAGUUCUGUCUGAAAACUAAAACGAAAUCGAAUGAGGAAGCUGAUCGAAUGAUUCGAAGACGAGACCAAGAAAAAGAUUCACAAAAGAAACAGCUUCGGAAUUCGGAAGAAGUAUGGGAAGCACGCGACGUGGGUCACGCUUGAAAACAACAAUCAUGUACUAUACGCAAAAAAAUGCUCUACUACACUAUACCUGUAAAUAUCUUAAUAGAUUUGUUUUUUAUGUGAAUUAACAUUAAUUUAU